AUGGAUUUGAACCUGGGCCAAAACCUGACCAUCUGGCCUAUCCUCAAGUUUGAUCAGGACUAUGAGGUCCUCGACAAAUUGGGGGAGGGCAAGUUUGGGGAGGUAUUCAAAGUGAGGGAUGUGCAUUCCCCAAAGGCAAGUGUCUAUGCCGCCAAAUUCCUGCAUUGUGACAAGGCCGCCAUCAAGUUGCGGAUCCGGGAUGAAAUCGACCUUCUCCAUAGCUUUGACCACCCCCACGNUUAUCAAUCGCCCUUGUAUGUCCCUUGGGAAAGCUCCGGAAAAGUGGGCGAGUCUUUGUGUUCACCGGAGAUCCUCCUGAAACACACCUAUGCCGCCAAAUUCCUGCAUUGUGACAAGGCCGCCAUCAAGUUGCGGAUCCGGGAUGAAAUCGACCUUCUCCAUAGCUUUGACCACCCCCACGUUCUACGCCUCAUUGGAGCCUUUGAGGACACUGACAACUUUAUUCAAGUAUUGGAAUACCUGUCAGGUGGUCAAUUAUUCGAGCGGAUUAUUCAAAAUGAAACAGAUUUCUUAGAGGAUGAUAUUGCCGGACUCAUGCGACAAAUCUGUGAAGGCUGUCGUUACUUGUCCAGUCAAAACGUGGUCCACCUGGACAUCAAGCCAGAAAACAUUGUCUGUAUUCACCCCGACAGCUUUCAAAUCAAAAUCAUCGAUUUCGGGUUUGCUCGGCGAUUGGCAAAUCCAGAUGAGGAAGUUCGAGCUACUGAAGGCACUCCGGAUUUCGUUUCCCCAGAAGUGAUCGAAUACGAGCCGGUGACCCUGACCACGGACAUGUGGUCCGUGGGGGUUCUCUGCUAUGUCUUAUUGUCGGGCUUAUCUCCCUUCCAAGGAAAAUCCCAAGAGGAAACUUAUGAUAACGUGAUGGCACUAAAAUACACAUUUGACGAACCGGAGUUUCAAGAAACGUCCUUUGAAGCCCAAGACUUUAUUCAGAAACUCUUGGUGAUUUCACCCAGCCUAAGAAUGAGUGCAUCGGAAGCUUUGGCCCAUCCUUGGCUUACAGCCGAACCCAAACAGAUUUAUGUGGCCACCACAACUUACAUAACCCGGACCAACUCAAGGAAGACUUCCUACGAUCGGUCCCGGCUAAAGAUGUUUAUUACAGCCAAGUCGCGUUGGACCAAAUGCGCCAAUGUCAUGUUAGCUGUUAAUACAUUGAAAGAAUUGUCGGAAUGAUCCGAAUAAAUGACUAAAUUGAAAGUUUUAAAUUUGAAAGUUAUCUGCUUGACCUUCGAACGAUAGUCCUGAGUAAUUACAAUCCUGGAUAAGUCAGAAAAACAAAAAUGCAUUUCAAUAUGUUUUUUUGACAUG